AAUCGUACUUGGACAUUUUCCUUCCAACAUUCUGAGGAUACCUUUGCAGCUGCUGCACCAGCACUCCUGAGAUUAACAGACGCAGGCACUGCAUAUUUCAACGGACUUUCUUCCUCGGGAAAAGACGAGUUUUUCAAUGAGUUAAAGCGAGAGCUAAUUUUAGCUAUCCCAAUAGACGAAUCCCGUAUAUCUACCUCAGGAAAAUAUCAAUACGAUACUUCAACGCCCACAAAACAAAUUUUAAUUUCUUUUGAGUUCGCAAGUACCAGAAAUCUAACACAGCGAAACACAAAAUCAUUGAUUGACGAUCUAAAUACCUUAGUUACCCAAAGAGACUACUCUCCCAUCUCAUUCUAUAGUUUAACUUCAUAUUUAGAUAAAGACUAUGGAUGCCAAGCUAAGCCCAAUCUUUGGGAUAAAUACAAGACCAAGCUCUUAAUUUUAUUCCUUGCUUUGCUUUUGAUAUUGGUUCUAUUCAUGAUGGCUAGAAUUCGAAAUAAUGAGGGAAACAAUUGGGCCAUCAUACAAAUUGCCUUAAUUAUACUUGAUUUUGCAUUAGACGUAGCAUUUAUAUUGAAUAAUGGUAGAGAUGUAGAAUGGAUAUACUUACCAAGUUUGCUGUUCUUACUUAUUCCCAUCGUAUGCAACUGCAUCAUUGCCUUUUCAAUUUUCGUUCACGAACAUGAGCACAAUAAAGCAUUCCUCAAGUGGUCAAAUUUGAAUGUUAAAUUCGUUCCUGCUUUUACAGUACUGGCUGCUGCGGAUAUUGAGGCACUCAACAUUCUUGGUUCCAGAUUGGCCGGUUUAAAUGCGUUUAGUGCUCCAUUUUCCGAAAAGGCUAUGGCAUGGAUCUUUUGGGCUAGCACAUUUAAUAUGUUUAUCGAAGAUUUACCCCAAUUAAUUAUUCAGGUCUUAUAUCAACGUAAUACCGUGUCGUACGAUAUUAUACCGUUACUUACUCUUAUCACAAGUGCAUUGAUGCUUUCAAUCAAUGUGUUAGGACGAGUAUAUCAAAUUAUUCAUUAUCUUCGUCAAGGACAAUUGCGUUAUGCUAUUCCUCCAACACAAUAUGAAGAUAAAGACUCUUACUUCAGUCAAGAUCAAAAAGCUGCUGAAGGAAUUCAAUCAACGAAUAUUCAACAAGAAGUUGUUAAUGCUCAUAUUGUGACAGUCGCUCAAUCAGAAGCAUCAAGUCCAACCCCUAUGAUUACAUCAGAUCCAGGUGCAGGUGCAGGUGCUCAUUACGUUGUUUAUACCGAAGAAAAUAAUAAUUAUUCAGAUGCUACCGGACAUCAACCUACCACACAAAAUUAUACUUGA